AAAAUAGCUGUGCUUUAUUAACCAAGAUUUAGCUUACAGGCCUUACACUGCCCAAUUGGAUAAUAUCAAAAUCCAAAAGUAGGCCCAAAGGGAAGCCCAAAUAAUCAUUAAUGACCAUCUCUGUUUCGAAAGCUAAGUAUUAAAUGCAGUAGCUGGAAUACCCACCCACCUUCCCGAGAAAAAAAAAAAAAAAAAGAAAAAAAAAUCUGACCCCUAUUCCCCCUCUCUCUCUCCUCCCACUAACAAAUGGAAAACCCCACCACCCCACUCCCCUCCCAAUGUCCUACACCUCCUCCACCAGCAGCACUUCUGCUGCGACCAUCACCACCGCCACCGGCGGCGUACCCCCACCCGCCAGUGUCAUCACCCAAAACCUGACCAACAUCGGCCUCGGCUACGCUAUCGCCAUCGCCCUCGGCUUCCUCGUCCUCCUCUCCACCGUCCUCUUAGCCUCCUACAUCUGCUGUCGCGCCACCCGUCACCGCCAUCACCACUCUCUCCAAAACCCUAACCGCAAUUCCAACGGCUCCGAACACGGCAUCGUCCUCCCCCGCAUAAUCUUCGUUGCCGAAGACGACGAUGACAAUGAGAGCAACGAGAACGCCGUCGUCGGACUCGACCAAACCGUCAUCAAUUCGUACCCGAAAUAUCCAUUCUCGAAGGACUGUGGUGGUGGAGGCAAUGAUUCAGUGUGUCCGAUCUGUUUGUGCGAGUAUAAGGACGCGGAGAUGCUUAGGAUUAUGCCUGAGUGUAGACAUUACUUUCACUUGACUUGUAUUGACGCGUGGUUGAAGCUGAACGCGUCGUGUCCGGUUUGCCGGAACUCGCCGCUUCCCACGCCGCUGUCGACGCCGCUCUCGGAGGUGGUGCCGCUGUCGCAGUAUUCAAAUGGUCGGAGGAGGUGAUGGUUGAUUUGUGAUUUUGGGGAUUAUGUGGUUCAUUAGAUUGGAUGUGUUUUGGAAAAUGUUAAAUUUUGGAUAGUUAGGAUUGGUGGGAAUUGAAGGGUUUGAUUAUGGAUUGUGAUUUUUGUUUGAUUGUAAAGCAGAGGUAGUGAAACACAUGAGAAUUCUUAUGCUGUUGAAUGUCAAUGCAAAGAUAGAGUUUAGUCUUUGACAUUCACUCCUUAUGGUUUAAUUAAUGAAUUGUUUGUAAAAUUACUUAUA